ACUAGAGACCUUUUUCUCUCUCCUCCCCACUUAUCCUACCUGGUUUAAUACCUUGGGUCACACCAGAAACGCCUAAAGCUACAUUCGAUUCGGUCACCGUUUUCAGUACCGCGAUUCUCCGCCCACCCCCUUCGAUUUUCUACCGCGUCCAAGUACUUUCGUGUGCGAUUUUUUUAUCACCCCGGUGCCGUAGGUGGUGUCCGAUCUUGCAGUAGAUGAACCGAAUCAAACAGCUGUGCGUUGUUCUGUGCCGCUUUUCCUUCGCGGUCGACAAUUUGUGCGGGUAAUCCGGUCCAGGAAUGACGCCAAGUGUUUCAAAAAGUGUUGCCAUAAUUUUUAAAAUUUCGCUCCAAAAAAGUGAUUACAAAAUUCAAGAGCAGACGAGUAUUCUCUUCUAGCAUUUGUUACCUUCAGUUUUACCGGUGUCCACUAAAGGAAAUGCGGAGUGAAAACUCAAGACUUCCAAGAAGAUCCAGCAGAUGACAUUGAUACACUCGGUUUCCAAAGGAUUCUUGACUCUUUAGGGAUACUUGUCAUAUCUGUCACGGAAUGAGGAUGAACGCCAAAGAAGACAUGAUGUUCGUCAAGCAGGACGACAUGAGUUCCCUGGACGGCGACGCCUCAAGCGACCAGCUGGAGCUGGAACAGGAGCUGAAUGACGUCAUAGCUAACAAUGCCGCACAGCUGACUCCUAAGCGGAAGUUGGAGUCGCCGGAAGACCCGGAUGACACGGAUGGUGACGCGCUGUCUCCACGGAAACAGCUACAGAUAGCACAGCAUCACAACAAUAAUGACGUAUCCUUCGUCCUGAUAGACGACGAUGGAGGAGGGGGCACCGGGCCUGAGGAUCUUGCCUCAGGCGAUGAAGAGGACCGCUUGACGGGCCAUGGGACGAUCGCUUCUAUCGGCUCGGGAGGCGGUGGUGGCUCCUCGCCUUUUAGUCCUUCCCACCAUCACCAUCACCAUCACCGCAACACUCCCACCAACUCCGCACCGUCCAACUCCAUGUCCGGCCCUCACCAGCACACGGACUUCCAACCGCCCUACUUCCCACCGCCUUUCCCGCCGUCCCAUCACCACCAGCAUCAGCCCUCCGCCACUGGCUCACCCGCUGCCAUGGACUACCUUGCAGACCCCUAUAGUCAGACCCUCAACACCCUCCACCAGACCGCCCAGGCGGCCGCCCACCACUACAACCAGCUCACGGCCGCCGCGGGCCGUCACGACGUCCUGAGGCGAUCAGACUCUGACCUCCAUGUCACGAACAUGCACGCGUCUUUUCCGUACGACAGCCAACGGGGGAGGACCGAGUACGGAGUCCGUAGGUCAGACUCCCUGGUCCAGCACCCCGGGCUGGACGACCCACUAGUCCUACACAACGCUCUCUCGGCUGCCGUUGACGACGGUCAGAACACAAAUGUCGACGAUAGCACGGGUUUCAUCAGCGACCUACCUCUGCUUAAAAGGGUAUCCUCACCUUCAGAUGUCUUCUGCAGCGUCCCCGGCCGACUAUCGUUGCUCUCUUCGACCUCCAAGUACAAGGUGACGGUGGGCGAGGUACAGCGGAGGUUGUCGCCUCCCGAGUGCCUCAACGCCUCCCUCUUAGGAGGUGUACUUAGGAGAGCGAAAUCAAAGAAUGGCGGCAGACUGCUGCGGGAGAAGCUGGAGAAGAUUGGGCUAAACCUGCCGGCGGGCCGGAGGAAGGCGGCGAACGUGACACUCCUGACAUCUCUCGUGGAAGGAGAGGCAAUUCACCUGGCACGGGAUUUUGGAUAUGUCUGUGAGACAGAGUUUCCUGCGCGCCAAGUAGCUGAGUACCUGAGUAGACAACAUACGUCAGACCCCACCGAAUCCUACAGGCGAAAGGAGCUCAUCCACGCCACCAAGCAAGUGACCAAGGAACUGAUGGACCUAUUGAACCAGGAUAGGUCCCCAUUGUGCAAUACCCGGCCUCAACACAUCCUGGAGCCUAGUAUCCAGCGACAUCUUACCCACUUCUCCCUCAUAUCACAUGGGUUUGGCAGCCCAGCCAUCGUUGCAGCCCUCACUGCCAUACAGAACUUCCUGUCUGAGUCACUGAAGCACCUGGAGAAGAUGUAUCCAUCGGGGAACAGUCUCUCGGUGAGCUCGUCACAGAGUGGUGUCUUGUCUGAUACGAAGCCCAAAGACUUAGGGAAUGAGCUGAAGAAGUGAGGAUGGUUCCGGCGGGGCUUGGAGGCCCCCCCUACGACCCCUCUGCCAUCCCACACCCCCAUCACGGCCAUCCGCCACUCCUGGCCGUACAACUAGUGCCAUAAGGGAUGUUAUCGUAAUCGUAGCAAUCAAAAUAGUCUUCCAAAGUCAGCGGGAGUCGGUCGAAAUCGACGACGUCACAGAUUGGAAAUCCGCUUUCGUCAUAAAUUAUCUCAUCGUGUAGUUCUUGUUUCUGUGUCAAUAAUGUGCUCUCUCAUUUAAUAAUUGCAUUUUUAGACGUUUAUCCGUUUCCUUUCUACCACAUCGAUUUUUCACUUACUUUCCUCAAGAUGUUUUUGUGAAAAUUGUGUUUAAUUAAAAAUUUCACAACCUGACUAAUAAAGGUGUGCCAUAUAAGUUUUAAAUAUUUUAUUAUGGAUUUAGAAGUUUGGGCUUAUACUGGAUAGUUCGGGAAGGAUCUUUGUGACAGAGUGUAGAGCUAAGCUGUUUCAAAAACCCACCUAAUACCAAAUUACAUGUGGGUAUAUAAAUAAUGAAACACAUAAUAACUUAGUACAAAUAACUGAUCUUCGUUUAAAGAGCUCUAAUUUUUGCUUGUUAUUAUGGAACAAAAUCUUUUCCAUUCAAAUGCAAAUGUGUGACAUGGAACAAAGAUUAAUUUACUGUAUUUAAGCUCACUAAUUUAAGAUGAAUUGUUACAAAUCAUAAAUAAAAACUAACAAAACUGGAAUUUUACAUUCCUUCUGUGAAAUUAGAUUACCUGUAAGGUAAUGAAAUGUUACUGUAUUUAAAUCUAUACAGAGUCAAAAAUUACUGUAGAUUAAGUACAGUAUUGUAUGCAUUUAAUAUAUGACUAUAUUAGUCAUUGUGUAAGGUUUGCCCACUUAAAUACUCGAUAAAUACUCAAGGACUUUUCCUACUAUUUGUAUGUAUUGUAUGUAUAUUAUAUCUGUGCCAACCAUGUACAAAGUAUCAAAUUGUAAAAACAUGACUUCAUUUUAGGUAAGUGUUUAGUGUGAAUUAUAGAUUUUAAUAGAAAUGUAAUAUAUUAUUAUAUUGGUUUGUUGUGUAGUGGAUUUUCUCUUGUAAUAAAAAUUAUUUCAUCGUUUCAUUUGUAGCAUAUUUUUCAAGUUGCUAAAUUCUGUGUGAUUGCUAAUUUUUAAAUAUUAAAUCAAUCGACAAAUUCAAUAGUUGUAUUUCCACACUUUAAAUUGGUUAUAAAAAAAAUAACUUCUUUAAUUCUAAUUUUGGUUGACUCUUCAAAACUAUGACACAUUGAAGAAAAUCAACACUUUCAUCAGUAUCCAUCUCCCAAUUAUUUCUAAUUUCAAAAAUAUCCUAUAUAAUUGUGUUACUUGUUAUAGUUAACUAAUUACUAAUUAAGUCAAUUACAUUUCUUUGAACAUACUUCAACAAAGAUUUGAAGACAUUUCAGAAGCACUAUUGUGCGUAAAAAUUAAUGAAUUUAAUUAAUUAAUUGAAUCAGUAACAAUACUCUGAAUUACAUUUUUCAAUAUACUGAAACAACAGUUAUUUUUAUACAUUUUUAAAAAUUCAAUUGUCUUUAAAGUCUUAUUUAUGUCUGAACCUUAAAUGCUAAAUUAAUAAACUUUUCUGAGAAAAUAUUAUUUGCUAAAAAUUACCCUUAUUAUUUAUUAUUAUCUUUUAUUAUUAUUUAUAUAAAAAGACAAAAUAAGCAUAUCUUUUGUAAUUGUACCAUCUAAAAGAGUUUUUGUUAACUUUA